CAAGGCCGACGCGCAUGCGUGGCUAACAUCGCAACGCGUGGUUUCAGCGUUAGUCUUUGUUUAUUCGCCGCGUCGUACGGACGUAUGUUGACGCGUGUGUUCUCUCUGUAUUUUCCUCCUUCUCUGACACCUUUUUCUUUCUUUGGUCCUACGGUACUUGGUGAAAAAUUUGCCCUUCGCAAAAUGGCGGCACAAGCUGCCACUAGAAGAAAGCUGAAUGAACACGAGGAGAAACGAAGCAGUAGAAAUGGAUUAACCUAUCACGAUGACUUCCUAGCUAAUGGUCAUGCCGGUUUACAAAGCAAUGGACGUGUACAGUUUGCAGAAAAAGGAAUGAAAGCAGAGCCGGCGAAGUCAAGGUCGAAAGAAUCGUUCGAGAGAGUACCGUUUAUCACAGCAGCAUUAACCCACCUCGGUUUCUACAUUCUUAUGUUUCUGGGUUAUAUAAAUCAAUUAUUUUUUACGCCGAAAGUCGCGAAAGAGUAUAACAGAGAGGGUUACGCGCCGUUAUACGAAAAUUUUGAAAGGUUUUAUCUUCGAUACGUGUACAGAAGAGUGAAAGAUUGCUGGAACAGGCCGAUAUGCUCUGUUCCAGGUGCCACUGUUACGCUUAAGGACAGAGUAACGCCAGAUUACGGAUGGACAUUCCAGUUCACCGGAACGACCAGAAAUUGUAUAAAUUUGGGAUCGUACAACUAUCUAGGCUUCGCCGAGGCGACUGGAAAAUGUGCGGAUCAAAGCAUCGAAACUCUAAAAAAAUUUGGCUGUGGUAGUUGUAGUACUCGUCUCGAACUUGGAAAUAUGCCCAUUCACGAAGAAUUGGAAACAUUGACGGCCAGGUUUCUGGAAGUGGAAGAUGCGAUUGUCUUUGGAAUGGGAUUUGCUACAAAUUCUCUUAAUUUACCUUCGUUACUGAGUACAGAUUGCUUGGUGUUUAGCGAUGAGAAGAAUCAUGCUUCAUUGAUACUUGGAUUGAGGCUUUCUGGUGCUACUAUUAGAGUGUUCAAACACAACAAUAUGAAACAUUUAGAAAAUUGCCUGAAAACUGCAGUAGUUUUUGGGCAGCCAGGAUCGGGAAAACCUUGGAAAAAGAUAUUAAUUGUUGUAGAAGGUGUUUAUUCUAUGGAGGGUUCUAUUGUUAAUUUACCUCAGAUUUUGGAGCUCAAGAAGAAGUACAAAGCAUACCUUUAUUUGGAUGAAGCUCACAGCACUGGUGCAAUGGGUAAACACGGCAGAGGCGUUUGCGAUUAUUAUGGAAUUAAUCCAAAAGAUGUGGACAUACUAAUGGGAACUUUUACAAAAAGUUUCGGAUCUGCUGGUGGAUAUAUUGCUGGAACAAAGACUCUAAUAAAUCAUUUAAGGAUAUACGGCCACGCUCAUACGUAUGCAGUGGCCAUGUCACCACCAAUAGCACAACAAAUUAUCACUUCGAUGAAAAUAAUCGCCGGUGAAGAUGGUACAGAUGACGGAAGGAAAAGAACGAAACAGCUAGCAAGAAAUACUAGGUACUUUAGGCGCAGACUUAACCAGAUUGGAGUUAUUAUUUAUGGAAACGAAGAUUCGCCUGUUGUACCUAUGUUAGUCUACUUGUUUUCUAAAAUUGGUGCAGUCGUGCGAACUCUGACAACACAUAACAUAGCUGCAGUCGGUGUUGGAUUUCCAGCAACUCCGUUGAUGGAAGGUAGAAUACGGUUUUGUCUUUCUGCUGCGCAUACCAAACAGCAGCUGGAUUAUGUUCUGUCACAUAUCGAAAGUCUUGCAGAUUAUCUGGGUUUAAGAUAUUCUCGUAAAGUUCGCGAUUCAGCGCCUAUAGAAUAUUAUUCCGACGGAGAGACCGAAUGACCAACUACUUAGAAAGUGAACUCUUUAGGACGUUCACUUUACUCCAAAGAAGCACCUUUAUACUUCUGUGGAGAGACACUGCCUUGGAAGAACUCUACACGCAUUCUUUUUUUAUGCUUUUCCAUCGAUCCAUCCGCGGGCGUUAUACUUCUUAAUCAUAGUACAUCAGAAAUUAUUAAGAUAUCGAUAAGUAUCGUCGACGCUAGUUUCUUCGUUGUUAUUCAAUAUUGAAUCAAGAAAUUAGUAAUCGCGUAGAUGAAACUGCUUUUUCUUCUUCUUCUUCUUCUUCUUCUUCUUCUUCAAUAUGUACAAUGAUACUGCAAGUUUAACAUGAACCGAAUAGUGUUCGAAUAUCUCUUGAACAAUGCACAACGAAUUAUACUAGGUAAUAAUGGAGAAGCCAGGAGUGUGUCAGAGUUGAGCUGUUGUCCCGUGUUUUGCGGCAUAUGCACAUAUCGGUGGCUGUGACAUGCCAACAGAUCUUAGAUUACAAGGUAGUUCGAACGAGUAAAUCACACAUAUAGUUUUCUUUUCAUAUCGGUAGAAAGGAAAGGUAGAGGUUCGAUAUUUUUUUUCAGCAAAGGAAAAUAGUCGAACCAAGAUUUUCCUGCGGAUACCCGAAGCUCUUAAACAUAUUCUGCUGCACCGACGCACUGCCGCAAUUGCAUUUAUUUCGUUAUCGAGCUUUUUAAUCCUUUUGCUGUGGCAAAUAUCCUAGGCAGUAGCGCGUCGUGUGCAGCGUUCCGAAGCUUUCAAAAUUCUGUAUAUAGCUAGUAAUCUUCGAUAACAUGUGUCAAGGAACUUCACGAGUACGGUGAACGGUUAAAAAAGGGAGUAAUAAAUUGUUUAACAGAAAAUAUUCACUGCGCACAAUGGAUAGAUACAACGAAAGUCAAUGCUAAGAGAGAAGUUGAGGUAUUUUUUUCAACAUUCACCUCUUAACAAUAACAUUGACUUUCAGACCUUAUUGCCACAGCAAAAGAUUCAAGUCUGAAAUGAAAAUAGUGAACGUUUUUCCUGUUUUUAAAGUCAUAGAGAUUUAUACAAGAAAUCGCAAUUACAACGUAACUUUUUUGUUUUUAAAAAAUAAUUUUAAACAAGUGUUAUGUACAUUCUGUGCGUCUUAUAUUUUUGUUUACAGUUAAGUAUUGUUUGUAUGGAAAAAAUUAUU